AUGAAUACCGUCUGGUUGCUUUUUAUCGGUUUUCUUUUUAUUCAAGACACAUUUCAAAAGACCAAUCAGAGGGGGGUCAGUCGUCCGGAAGGGAUAUCAAAACCUUCGAUAAAUAAAUCGCCGUCGCCGUCGCCGUCGCCAUCGAGAUCGAAAGACGUCGAUUCAAAAAAUUUGAUAGAAUUACAGAAGAUAUUAAAAGAAGCGAGCAAUUCCACAUCGAACACAACUACCCAGGUGAUUGCGACGAGACAAGGUCCGUGCCAAUGUGGCGGUGGUGUUUGUAGCUGUUGCUCAAAAAUUUUAUACGAUAGCUGGAAACAAAAGGCUUGCGUGAACGUGACCUACGAACCGGAUGAGUUCAGUUUCACAGCGAAAAUUUCUAUGAACGAUAGAGUACUGUACACCAGAACUGUGUCCGGGAAAAAUCCGAGACCUGUGUGUGUGCCAGUACCACGAAUACCAAUCGUUAAAGCCUGUGUCAGGUUUUACAACAUUUAUUUCCAAGGUAGAAACAUUCAUCUAUGCAUAAAUAUGGAGGGGAAGUUCAGAGAGACUACCAUGUUUAAAGUCGGGCUGGACUGCAUCAGAUUCGGCUCUAAUGGCUUAGCUCUGGUAAAACCGGAGGACGGAGGCGGAUUAGGUCAAAUAGAAUUCUUGCCAGGUGAUCUUGACGAUGACGAAGAUGAAGACAAUUAUGAUUACGACGACGAUGACGACGACGACGACGACGACGACGACGAUUUACUUGAUUUUUAA